GUUUUUGGCGCAUUCGCAGUAGGAGCAUUUACCAGAUCAUUUACUAUGUUGAUGUCUGUCCUGAAGAAUCCGCAACGUCUCCUGCUUCUUAUUUUUAUAGCUGUCCUACUAACAAGCUUUGCAGUUCAUCAGCAUUAUAGAAAGGUUUCAAAAGGUCUCUCCAUUUUAAAGCAAUCAACAGAAGGGUUUGAGAAGAAGUCCAAGUCCAGUGUAACAGAAGAUGAUGUUCUAGGAACUGAACUCCUCAGCAGGAUAUCAAACAUGAUUCCACCUGUAAAUUUUGAUCAUUUACACAACACAUCUUGUGCCAGAAACAGCAGAGCUACUGUCAUAAAUGCAAAAGAUAAGUAUUGCAUUGGAGACAAUUUAACUAUUGAAAUUGUGAUGUAUGACUUUAUAGGCAAUAAAAAACAUUAUGGAGGAGACUUUAUAAGGGCAAGAAUAUUUAACACCAAGCUUGCUGCUGGAGCCACUGGGAGGAUUGAGGAUUUUAACAAUGGAAUUUACCAUGUUCAUUUUACCUUAUUUUGGGAAGGACAAGUGGAAGUUUCCUUGUUACUCUACCACUCAAGUGAAGCCGUUUCAGCAUUAUGGAGAUCAAGAAACCAGGGAUAUGGUCUCAUAAAAUUUACUGGAACUUUUCAAAAUGGAAAUAAAAAUGUUAAAACUAAAUGUGGUUUCCAAGUGGACAAUGCAGGAGAGACAUGUACUUAUGAAGAUACAAAAUAUAAUGAGCUAUUUUACUGUUCUAAGACAGCAAAUCUGUCAUGUGGGUCCUUAGCAUUUCUUCAGUCAUUUAACCAGGAUCAUUCAUUCUUCAGCUACCUUCAGAAGUCUCUCUUUAAAAGGUACAUUUACAUGUUUUGGUUUUUAGUUUCUGAUAUUAUUGUUUGUUGUUACAUUUUCAUAGCUAUUAGAACAUUUCCUCAGGAAAAAUGCAAGAUUGGCAUGACAUCACCAUAUCCUAGUGGUUUCUGUCUGCUGGAUAUAUGGACACCUUUAUUCUGCAGGCUCUCUCCUUUUCCGAGCACAAAUCAUGUUAAUUCCUGCCUAAAAGACAAGAUGAUAUAUCUGAUGGGUGACUCCACCUUGCGGCAGUGGUUUCUACACUUGGUUAAUAAGCUGAAAAACCUAAAGAAUUUCAACCUUCAUAGAACUGGGCUUGAAUCCAUGCUGCUGGCAAUAGAUCCAGAGAAGAAUAUCCUGCUGCAGUGGAAAAAACACAGUCAUCCAAUUGUUGCGAGCCGCUCCUACUCUGUUAAAGAUGAUGCCUAUAUUAGUGAGGAGAUUGAUCGCCUUGCUGGAGGCCCCAACACUGUAAUUGCAAUCACCGCCGGUCAACAUUUUAGGCCUUUUCCUAUUCGUCUCUUUAUCAAAAGAGUUAUUAAUAUACGUAGGGCAUUAGAAUCUCUUUUUAUUCGUAGUCCAGAAACCAAAGUAAUUAUUAAAGCAGAGAAUACCAGAGAGUUUAAUCUUGAUGUAGAGAGAUUCAGUGACUUCUAUGGUUAUAUUCAGAACCUUAUUGUGAAGGAAAUGUUUCAAGAUCUCCCUGUUGCUGUUGUAGAUGCAUGGGACAUGACUAUUGCUUUUAAUUCGAAUGAUGUUCAUCCAGCAGAAAAUGUCAUUAGGAACCAGAUCAACAUGUUUCUAACAUACAUUUGCUAGUCAUUAUGAUUAUGAAAAUGUUUGUACUGUUAUUUGCAAUUAUUAUUUUAAUCCUACUAAAUCAUCCAGGGUAUUCUGUGCGCUAAGGAACUGCUAAAUGGACACCCACAUAAUUAGUGCCUGAAAAAAUCAUUAUGAUUAUGAAAAUGUUUGUACUGUUAUUUGCAAUUAUUAUUUAAAUCAUAAUAAAUUAUACAGUGUGCCCACAUC